AUGCGAGAAGACUGGCGACCACUGACUACCCCUUUUAAUUCUCUCCUGUUACCAACGCCACCUACUUACUAUGCAAUUUUGCUUAACAGCAAAAAGACGUUAAUUCCGCUUUCAGAACUGGACCGAUUUCUAGCCGAGGAGAGCACCACGGGAUACAAGGAGCUGCGAGAGCAAUUUACUCAUUCGUCAGUUGGCAACUACAUAAACGCCAGCUACAUCGGAGUAUGCAACACAGACGUCAAUGGAAACGUCUUCGUUCAGGAGUCGAUCGCCAGACCUAGAUUCAUCACCACUCAGGAUCCUCUAGAGAACACCAUUGGCGAUUUCUGGAAAAUGGUCUAUGAACAACGAGUUCCUAUUAUUAUUCGACUUUUAGGACCAUCAGAAAACAAGGAGGAGACGCAAAAAUACUGGCCACAGGGGGUGGAUGAAAAGGCCCCUUUUCCAACUACUUCCGGAAAAAUGUGGGUUAAGUUGCUGUACGAGGAGCGAAAACCCGUGUGGGUGGAACGAAGCUUCAGAAUAUGGCCAGAUGGUCAAAGAAGUUUGUCCAUGUUCGUGCACCACUUGGAGUACGUAGGAUGGAUGACAAAUUGCUUAUCAGCCUCUACAAAUCUUCUUAAAUUCAUUGAUGAUGUCACCGAUCCACUCGUUCCAAUCGCAGCCACGGCUGGACCCAUGGUAGUUCAAUCCAGGGGAGGCAUUGGAAGGAAUGGUCUUUUCGUAGUUGCGUCAAUAAUAAAAGAGAACGUCGAAAUGGGGGCAAAAGGCGUUGACAUCUACAAUAUCAUUAAACAACUACGCAGUUAUCAAAUGGGAUUUGUCAAUUCCGUGGAUUACUACAUAGAGCUUCACUAUUUUGCUCUCCAAGCCUAUUUGCAGACGAAGACGGGUGGAUGUAGGCAAUUGCAGUACAAAGAAAUCAAAUGA